AUGCCUCUGUGCUUCCUCUCCGUACGUCCUCCUCCACCUCCACUAAUUACCUGCCACGUUUCCCCAAGAGCAGUGCGCGCUCCACCUGCUGUUUCAGCUCCAGCAGCUCCUUCUCGCUCGUUAAGCCCCAACGCAACCCCUCCGCCCUCGCUAACCUGCGCCCUCCACUGCCCACACUUCGAAUUGUGCUCCGGUUGUACCCACGAGUUCAAUCUCCACCGUCCGGUCAUCGUUGACGAGGCUACAGAGUUCUUCAAGGCCGUUGGAGUCUCAGAUUUUACAUUUGACAGCUGCAAACUGUGGGGAUGGAGGUGUCGUGCAAAAUUAGCCGUUCGUGGCUCAUCAGAAAACCCUCUGAUUGGGCUUUAUCAGGAGGGCACUCAUAAUGUAGUAGAUAUUCCUCAAUGCAAAGCUCAUCAUCCAAGUAUUAAUGCCGCGGUGGAGCUGCUUAAACAAGGUAUUACUGAACUAAGCAUUGAGCCAUAUGAUGAAGAUGAGGAGACGGGUGAUUUACGUUAUGUGCAGAUGGCCGUGACAACACAUGAUACAUCUCUUCCUGCCUCCGAAAGAUAUAAAAAUGGUAAAGUGCAGGUAGCUUUAGUAUGGCACUCAAGAAAUGAAAAUUCCCCGAAUUCAGAAAAACUGAAUGCCUUGGCCAAUUUUAUAUGGAGAAAUGGUGGGACAAGAAGCAAAGUCAAUCUGGUUCACUCUGUAUGGGCCAACUUUCAGACAUCAACAAACAAUAUAAUUUUUGGGAACAGAUGGCGACAUCUUUUAGGAGAAAGAGACUUCUGGGAACAUGUUGGAGGAAUUGAUAUCUCCUUGGCUCCAUCCAGUUUUGGCCAAGCAAACACACGGGCUUUUGAUACCUUGCUCCGGAAGUUACAAAGGUAUGUCCCUCAAGGAUCAUCUGUUGCUGACUUGUAUGCAGGAGCUGGUGUAAUUGGAUUAUCAUUAGCUGUGACAAGAAAAUGCAGGUCUGUUAGGUGCAUCGAGAUUAACAAAGAAUCAAAACUAUCCUUUGAGAAGACAGUUGACCGCCUGCCAAACUUAGUUGAUAGCAGUAUAAGCUGGCAUCUUGCAGAUACUUCUAAAGAACCUCUUUCUUGGAUCACGGGAUCAGAUGUACUUGUUGUGGAUCCUCCUAGAAAGGGACUGGAUGCAUCUCUUGUUGAUGCAUUGCGGAAUAUAUCUUCAGCCGAGUAUAAAGCUAAGUCAUCCUCAGAGAGUUCAAGCUCAAAAGAAAAGGAUGAGAAGAGACCAUGGAUGCUCCGUGCAAGAGAAGCUUCAGUUCAGAUUGGAAGCAAAAUAACUUCAGAGGAUAGCAAAACAUUGCCUCGAACCCUUAUUUAUAUUAGUUGUGGAUGGGAAAGCUUCAAAGAGGAUUGCGAGUUGUUAUUGUCUAGCAAGGCAUGGAAGUUGGAAAAAGCCCAUGGAUAUAAUUUUUUCCCUGGAACCCAGAGCAUCGAGGUUUUAGCUGUGUUCAAGAGGGGCCAAGGUGUCAGCCUAAAGAAAAAGAAAUUAGGAAAGAAGAAGAAGAAACGCUUGUGA